AUGGUUGAAAUUGACAAGGAAAACUUCAAGUUCGAAACUCCCCAAUUCGACCCCCGGUUCCCUUACCAAAACCAAACCAAGCACUGCUUCCAAUCGUACGUCGACUACCACAAGUGUGUCAACGUCAAGGGCGAAGACUUUGAACCGUGCCAAAUCUUCUUCAAGACCUUCACCUCGUUGUGCCCUGUCGACUGGGUGGAAAAGUGGGACGACCAACGUGAUGCUGGCAAGUUCCCCGUCAAGAUGGACGUCUAA